ACAGAACCUGAGAAAUCCUGUGCUUGAUUGUGGGAAAGCAUCAGCUGCUGCUGUCCUGUACAGCCAUACUUAAAGGCACAUCAGUAAAUUUACACAAGCGUGUGUAUAUGUGGAGGGAAGAAGUCCCAGUUUGAAGACUAAUCCAACGAAGCAUAUCUACAGGCAGAGAUUCUGAUCAACCCGUGGAUUGAGCCACGUCAAUCAGAACUGCACAGGAUUCAGAAACGUGAGACCGAUUACAUCUACAGUUGAAUAGCGAUGCCCAGUAACAGAAAUCUUUUUGCAGAACCGAUUCAGAAUCUGUGAUUGACCCAGAUACCUGACACCUGUGCCACAUGUCCAGUGGAAUAGAAACCAGCCUGCAAGAAUGAUUGGUGUAACUUUACUAUUUUCUCCAUUAUAUGAAACUCAGUUAGAAAUACUCAACCUGCCAACACCUGAUACAAUAAUACAACUCUUAACUCGUAUUAUUUGAAAUUUCUACCACAACACUUGUUUUCACUUGCAGAGCAAAAUGUUCUCUGCCUCUUCAGGCGCUGAGGUUCAUUGCAGCGUGACAAUUGAAUACCUCAACCCAGCUGGCCAGGCGACCAAGCGCAAAAGCAUUCGCAAUGCCAUUAUCACCCUUGGGCGCAAUGAAUUCCGCGACCUUAUUCUUCGAGUGCACGAUGGCAAGCUGUCCCAAAACUUCACCCUCCGUGAGAUCCAACUUUUCACGCAGUUUCUUCGGGACGGGAAGAGCUCCAUCAAACUGAUCCCUGACAAUAUUCAGAUCCUGGUUUCGAACUGUCCACCAGAUAAACUGAAAGUACUCUUUAAGACACUUGCCAUUAAAUACGCUGCAGAUAAGAAGAUCAGCAAACCGGUCAGUGGCCGAACGCGGCUGCUCUCCACACUCCCACGGACAUUUGAUACAAUCAGUCCUGUGCAGGCACAGGACGUGAAACAAGCUAACGAGCUUCAGUCGCAGGGGACUGUGCAGACACCAAUUUCUACCAAAGGCCUGAGAAAUCAUGUAGGCAUCCUAGGGCCAAGCAAGCAGAUCAAACGACUACGGACCAUCUCAUCAGAAAACUGUCUGGUUACAGAGAUGAAACCUGCCAAAAAGCCCACCUUGUCAAUGCCAGUGGUAAGGAAGCUCACAAAGGAACAGUCGCACAUCCUGAGCAUGAUCCUGAAAGGAAAGAAUAUCUUCUUCACCGGAAGUGCUGGAACUGGGAAAUCUUUCUUGCUGAAGAGGAUUGUGGGAGCAUUGCCUCCAAAAAGUACCUAUACCACAGCGAGUACUGGAGUGGCUGCCUGUCACAUUGGAGGAACAACUCUCCAUGCAUUUGCAGGAAUCGGCUCAGGAAAAGCUCCCUUGCAACAGUGUGUAGAGCUGGCUCAGAGAUCUGGGAUUCUAAGACAGUGGCAAAGCUGCAGACACCUUAUCAUAGAUGAAAUUUCCAUGAUAGAAGGAGAAUUCUUUGACAAACUUGAAGCAGUGGCCAGGAUCGUUCGGAAAUGCAAUGAGCCAUUUGGUGGAAUCCAGUUGAUAGUUUGUGGAGAUUUUCUACAGCUUCCUCCUGUGUCCCGAAGAAAUGAAAAAUACAAAUUUUGCUUCCAGGCUAAGAGUUGGCAGAAGUGUAUCCAUGUGAACAUGGAACUAACGGAUGUGCGAAGACAAACCGAUAAAAAGUUCAUUGCAAUGUUGCAGGCCAUUCGGCUUGGGAGAUGCCCAGAAGAGGUUGCAGUUCAGUUGAUCAAUACAGCCAACCAGAAGAUAAAUCGAGAUGGAAUCCUAGCAACCCGGCUUUGCACACACAAAGAUGAUGUGGAAUUGACCAAUGAGCAAAAGCUCCAUCAGUUACCAGGAGAAUUACACACAUAUGAAGCUGUUGACAGUGAUCCCAUGUUCGCACAAACAUUAAACACACAAUGUCCAGCAGGUCAGACACUGCAACUGAAGCAAGGGGCACAGGUGAUGCUGACUAAAAACUUGGACAUAGAGAGAGGAAUGGUAAAUGGUGCACGAGGAGUUGUCAUUGGUUUUGAAACUGGAAACAAACCACUGCCCCGAGUGCGAUUCUUAUGUGGUGUAAUAGAGACGAUAAAGCCAGAACGUUGGAUGAUUAAAGCUUUAGGUGGGACCUACUUGACAAGACACCAGCUACCUUUGAAGUUGGCCUGGGCCAUCUCCAUUCACAAGAGUCAGGGCAUGUCAUUAGACUGUGUGGAGAUCUCACUGGCCCGGGUAUUUGAAAGCGGUCAGGCAUAUGUGGCGCUCUCUCGUGCUCGAAGCCUGGAAGGUCUUCGAGUGAUGGACUUUGACAGAAGAGUGGUGCAUGCCAACACUGAUGUCCUACAUUUUUAUAGCAGAUUAAAAAAGGAACGUGUCCUGAUGCAGUGCUCGCUGGGUGGCCACAGUGAAAUGGAAGAUCAGGAAAACCGGAUUCCUGGAAGAUUGUCGAGUGUUCUUUGAUGAAGAUCCUCCUCUUCUACGUGUUCUCUGAAAACUUCCAUUUUAAUCUUGUUCAUUGUAACUUGUGCUGUUUUUAAAUAUGUAUUUUAAACACUGGUCUUGCUUUCUUUAUAUCUUAAACUAGCAAAAAGACUAGAGGGAAUUUUUGGCAUCGGGGAAGAAACCAGUGCUGCGGAAAUAGAAAUGUCAGUGGCAAUUUUCUAAUCACCAACAAUGACAUUUCUCCUCUUCAUCUCACAAAUGAACCUCUGAUUAAUUAAAUUAAAUGAAGGAAACUGUC